AUGUUCCUCCUCAAAGAGAUCCCUUUAAUCAAUAACUCCCUCAUCCUAUCGCUGGUCAAAAGGAAGGAAAAAUGGGCAUUUCUACUUCUCAUUGUCACAUCUAACUACUUCCAUGCACAACUCAAUAGCGAUUACGCCAAGCACACCAGAAGUGGGACAUGUACAUUGGCGCAGCAGCCUCAGGCCAAUGACAAAGUCACAACAACAUGCCACCCAAUCCUUGAGAAUACCUGCCACGCCGACUUUGCAGUGAUCAAAUGUUUCAAGGAAAUCAGUGAGGAUGCCUCGCAACUCAUCGCCUCGUGA